ACCGACCUUACCUGAAGUUCAGUUGUCCGCCGUAACUACUUCCACCAUUUCAACUCCAUCUCCUCCCUACCUUUGUGUUUCGUCCAUCCAUCUUCUUCCUCCAGUAUCUGAGGACACAGGUUAACAGCUCGAUAAUUAACCCUUACCGUCAACGUUCAUCACAACACCGCCAUAAUGUCCCUAAGGAUAUCCCCCCCCUCAACGAACCCAACCCAAACAAGCAACACAACAACUCGCACCCCGCAAGCCCUGACCCUACCGCACCCAUCAAAAGGCGCCCCCUCAGCGCCAGGCCUACCCGACACGCUCCGGAACAACCUCACGCUCCCAGCAGCCCGGGGCCCGCCGUCAGCGCAGACCGGCACCGCGACGUCGGCGCACCCGCUCGAGGCCCGGCUGCUGGGCUGGCGCCAGACGCAAGACGCCCUGAAGAUGGAGUCGCUGCGGCGGGCGUACGGCAUCGCCGAGCCCAUCCGCCGCGGCAUGGAGCUGAAGAUCGUGCGCGACGGCUCGUUCCGCCCUGCCUUGAUUGGGGGUACCGAGACGCUGCAUGAGGAUAUCUUGGUGCUCGGUGGUCGGGACGCGGAGGUCGGUUGGGAAGAUGUUUUUAAGGGUGAUGAGUUCCGUGAACCACCUACUUUCCAUGAUGAGAUGGAGAAGAGAUUGCGUAUGGAUUAGAUGGUGAUCAUUUCCAUCUGGGUUAGGGUGAUGGUGCUUAUGCUGUGGCUAUGGUAUUAGGUUCUAUGUUCAUUACUGCUUUUUUCUAAAUCGGUUUCUUUGGUCCUCAAUCUGAACGGAUCGAUGUAGUCUGCGUUGCUCUGGUAGUGUGGUAGAAAUUAGAUUG